AUGGAGGACAUAAUCAGAAAACGUAAACCACUUAGAAUGACUUUUACCAAAACCAUAGGAAGUUUAUUUGACGAAUUAGAAAAACAAACGCCUGACAGUAAAAACAUCAAACAGCAGUGUUUUACUUUAGAUAGAGUUUUUAAUAAAAUGAAAGAAUGUGACGAAUUAAUUUUGAACGAUAUAAAAACAGACGUUGAAUUUGAAGCUGAGUAUAAUAAGAUUGAAGAAUUUGAUCAAAAAAUGGAUUUGGCAAGAGCAGAAAGUGAAAUAUUUUUCAGUAAACAAAUUGUGUUGAAUGAAGCGGCGAGUUCCGUCACUUUAUCGCCAAAUACAAAACGAAGAAUGCGUCUUCCGAAGAUUGAAUUGUUACGUUUUGGAGGAGAUCUGAAAGAUUACCUUGGUUUUUGGAGCCAGUUCCAAAGAAUACAUACCGACAGCGAGUUGGCUCCAGAAGACAAGUAUCAGUAUCUCCUGCAGUGCGUAACACACGGUAGCCGAGCUCGAGAAGUAAUUGAAAGUUUUCCGCCAACAGCGGAAAACUAUAAGAAGGCUAUCGACGCGCUAAAAAGCAGGUUUGGGAGAGACGAGUUACUGAUAGAAUAUUAUGUCCGUGAAUUAUUAACUCUUGUUGUAAAAAAUGCUACAGAAAAAAGGGGAAAUUUAAAUAUUGCAAAUUUGUAUGACAAAUUAGAGUCACAUCUCAGAUCGUUAGAAUCGUUAGGAUUGGCGAGUGAGAAAUAUGAAGCGAUUUUGUUUCCAUUGGUGGAGUCCUGCAUUCCCGAAGAUUUAAUGAGAGUUUGGCUGCGAAAUCCAAUACAGUCGGGCGUAGCAGGUGAAAUGGCAGAUAGUUUUGGAAACAAAUUGAAAAACUUACUUUCAUUUUUGAAACGCGAGGUGGAAGGCGAAGAACGUUUACAACUGGCGAGAAAUGGAUUUGAUGGUGCUCGGACAAGGUUGAGGUCUAAGAAAGAGCAACACAUCGACGAAGUCAUUCCCACCGCCAGCACUCUGGUUUCUAGUGACAUAUCCCAGAGGCAUCCAUUUUGUGUGUUCUGUGACAAGACUCAUGAAAGUAGAGAUUGCUUCAUUGCACAAAGUUGGUCUUUGGAUAAGAAGAAAGAAGUCUUAAGCAAUAAGAAAGCGUGUUAUAUUUGUUUCAAGGCUAACCAUAGGGCUAAAGAGUGCAAAGCAAAACUCAAAUGUAUGAUGUGUUCCAAGCGGCAUCACGUAAUUAUGUGUUUCGAGUUACCAGUAAACAAAAGGGAGUUGACAGCUAAGGAAAGGGUAGAUUCAAGUAAUGUGUUGGUCGCCAAAGAGGGUAACGAAGUUCUUCUGCAGACUCUCUUAAGUGGCUAA